AUGGAGCUCAGUCCACUCUCUGUGAUGCUCUUGCUGAUUUCACUUAUACCAGUGUCCCAGGCUCAAGGGAGUCCUAAAGCUGUGGUGUCCAUAAAGCCUGAUACACAUGUGUUCAUUGGAGAGACUGUUACUCUCAGAUGUGACAUACAGGGAGGAGGAGACACUCAGUGGACGUACAGCUGGAUGAAAAAUAAUUACGGACUCUAUAUAGAUGGAAGUAAGAGAGCCUACGCAAUGCAGGAGUUCAUAAUCUGGUCUGUUGAAGACUCUGACAGUGGUACCUACACCUGCACAGGACACGGAAGAUACUCUCAGAUCAGUGGUUCUGUUACACUGACUGUAUCAGUAAAACCCAAACCGACUGUGAGAGUGAAUCCUCAGAGCUCCGUCUACACUGGAGACACCGUCACUCUGAGCUGUGAGCUGCAGUCGACUGGAUGGGAGUUUCAGUGGUACAAAAAUAAUCAGUCCCAGAAUCUGUACAGUGAAGAAGAGAACACACUUAAAGUGACAGUUGAUAAUGCAGGAGAAACAGAGUACAAGUGUCGAGCACGCAGGAGAAACUAUUACUACUAUAAUGAUCACUACUACGACUACUACGACACAGAGUACAGUGAUCCUGUCAAGAUUACAGUGAGAGAGACGGCCGAAUCGCAGCGACCAGAGGUGGUCGCAGACGACACAGUCUACCAGGUCCGGGAAAUCCUCAACUCACGACGACUGGGCAGCCGACUCCAAUACCUAGUCGACUGGGAAGGAUACGGUCCGGAGGAGAGGUCGUGGGUGAAUCGUGAAGACAUCCUUGAUCCCACGCUCCUCUCCGAAUUCCAUCAACGUCGACCGGACCGGCCCGCUCCCAGAGGCCGGGGGCGACCCCGUCGUCGAAUCCGGACGUCUGGAGAUGCCCGUGGGGAGGGGGGUAAUGUCACGGAUCUGCGGGACUCUGUGACGUCACCACGCCCUAGUCACCUGAAUGCCGCCGCCGCACCUGCUGGCAAUUAGCCAGAAUUUGUAUUUAAAGGCCAAACUCGCCAGAAUCAGCGGCGAGUAUUAGCGUCUGUUUUCGAGUGUCACGUUAUGCUUGAUGCCAGCCUUUUUUCCUGCUUGUCUAAGUUUUGGUAUUAGACGUGAUUUCCUGAGUUGAUUCCUUUGCCUUCAAGGACGUUUUUGUGUUCUGGCCACAAAUAAAUCUCCCUUUGAGUGCAUACCUGACCCAUCUGGUUCCUUCCCCAGCUAACUAAGACACCAGUACACUGUCUCAUUUCGCUGUUCUCACUUCCUAAUCAUUUACAGUACAGUCCUGUAAAAAUAAUAGUUUUUACUGCAAAAUAAAUACCACAAGUUUACAGAAUUUUACAGUCAUUUUCUAGUGAUCUGCCUCCUUAUAUUCUUCAUUUCCUCUCUCCUUUUGUUCUUAUUUGCAUGGCUCUUUUCUGUGUUUAAGGUGAAUCUCCUCCAGUCUCUCUGAUCAUCAAUCCCAGCAGAACUCAACACUUUACUAAUGACUCUCUCUCACUGAGCUGUGAGGACCAGAGUAACUCUACUGGAUGGACAGUGAGACGA